UGAGGGUAUUGUGAAAAGAAAGGUUUGCUUUCAUAAUAACGGAGACUGUUGUCAGUACAGUGUGGAUAUCUAUGUGCGCAACUGCUACAUGUUCUAUGUCUACAACCUGAAGAAGUUGGAUUCAUCUUGGAAGGCAAGAUACUGCAUUGAGGACUACAUCAAUGAAAAUCCCAGCAAAAUGUUUUAUUCGUCUGAACAGUCAAAGGCGGCUCUUAAACAUCACGUGUCUCAUCGACUGUAUCAAGUACCCAAUCAAUAUCAUUGUAUGACAUACUGUAACCUUGGUAGCGGGUGUAAGUCUUUCAACUACAAUCAAGCACUAAUGACAUGUGAACUGAACAAUGCAACAGGGAAUAUGUUUGCUCAUCAAUUUAAAGAACAUUAUCGACAUUACGUGUUGCUAACGUGAGAUCAGUAGGUCUCAAAAAAAUAUAAUAGUAACAAGAAAAGUUAUAAUGAUGACAAUACAUAAUCACUAGUUAUAAUUUCUUUGUGCUUAUCUUAUGACAAUAUUUUUUCUUGAGAUGGAUUCUCAUUCGAGAAUUUUGGUCUCUGUCCCCUACUCGUUUUGGCAUCUGCCAAUUGCAGUUUUCUUCGAUUUUAAAACCCUCUUUAUGAAUAAAGAUUUAA